ACCGAUUUUUCAUCUAAAUAUUGACAAGAAGAUAUACAAAAAAACUCAAAUUAUUUUUAAUUAUACAUAUAUUUUUCCUAAUUUAUGUGACAAAAUCAAAAUCGUAAGUUGACUACAAUUUAAAAUGUAAAUAAAGUAAUGUUCAUUAGGUCUAGUCAAUUUGGGCAGAUCAACAGGAUACGUUCAAAUCUUUGCUAAAAUGACUACUGCAUAACAACAUUCUGUACUUUCAUGAAAGAACGGUCUCUAUUCUAUCAGGUAAAAUUUAAUCAAUCAAGAUGUAUCGAUUGGUACAUAAAACAAACUCAUACUAACACCUCGCAGUAUCAGGCAUAAUGUGACUUAGGUAUUCUUCCGUCAUUUUCUUAUAAAUCUUAGUUUUAUUUCUAAAAAAUCUGAAUAAUAUUGAAAUAUUAUUAUAUAAAAAUCAUACUCGCUAUGCAAACAUUUAAAAUAAAUUGACAAUUAUUGAAAAAUGGCUGGAUAUCGAUGGGUCGAACUACCACAAACACUAGAAACAAGAUCCACGAUAAGGCGUAGCUCUAUUCAUCGCAAAUCACGCAGCUCUAAUCGACGCAGUCCUGAACGACGUAAUACUAGACAGCGCAGCAGUGAAUUUCGCAAACUUAAUCAACACAGCCCUGAACAGAUCUAUUCUAGUCAGCGUAGCAUUGAACAGAACAAUCCUAGACGACGCAGUUCUAUUCGGCGUAGCUCUGACCAGCGCAGCCCUGAUCGUAGUCGUAGACGGCGUAGAUCUAGCCGGCGCAAAUCUAAGCAACUGGGCCCUGGCCAGCGUAGACUUGAUCAGAGUAACCACAAACGGCGCAGCCGUAAUCUGGAGAGUCCUGUUCUAUUUGGCUGUAGACGCAGCUCAAGUCGACGUAGUGAUCAAAUCCCAGGCCGACUCAGCCCUGAUCAGAACAGCACAGGUAGACGCAGCCCUGAACGGCGCAGCUCAGCUCGACGUAUCUCCAGUCAGCGCAUCCCUGGUCAAAACAGCCCUGGUCGGUACAGUCCUAGUCGGCGCAUCUCUGGUUCUGACAGGUUCCACACGGCAUUCGACGAUAUGCGUGCUAACAUGCAAAUGUUCCUUGACCGAAUGGACUUUUGCAAUUGCCCGACUGGCUCUAAAGAUAAAUUAGCAAAGGUGGAGAAAGGUCUACGGGUGUGGGUGAGUUACCAAAUAUUUCUCUUCCUCUGCAUUCUAAUGCCUAAAUAUCGAUUCAAGAAAUAA